GGCAAGCUCCACUUGGGAAGCACCACUAAAGAAGCACCACUAAAGGAGUACCACUUAAGGAGCACCACUAAAGAAGCACCACUAAAGAAGCACCACUUAAGGAUCACCACUUAGGAAGCACCCCUCACAACCAUCAUCCAUCAAGAAUACCCCCCACGAGCGAAGAAGAACUCUCCCCUCUGCGUUCGCUGCCCCAGGGAAGGAUAUUAUCCCUGGGGGGUUCCACCAAGGAAGUGGGGGAGGAGGAAACGCACACGUGGGCAGAGCUAUACUCCCAGAACUCUUCACCCAUCUUCAAUUACCCAUCACCCCCCCCCUUGUGCGCGCAGAAUUGGGUACGUUCCUCCUCUGCAGGGGGUAAAAGGGGAUCACCGCUGUGGUUAAGGCUUGGCGGUCGUUCCCACACACGUGCCCAACUUUGCACUGACGCGGUGGGAGACGAGCCAAACGAAGCGGCCUGCCGGGUGGACGACCGGUUACUCCUGUGUCGCCGCUUCUUCUUCAUCACCGCUUCUUCUCCUCCUCCGCUUCUUCACCGCUUCUUCACCAUGUACGGCAUAACGCUGACCAAGUGCAAGAUCUACUUCAAUAACAUUUACUCGACGGUGUCGCUGGAGGAGAAGCUGGGGGGGGGGACCUACGGAGACGUUUACAAAGGGAAGGUGAUCAAAUACAGCAACAGCAGCAGCAAUGACCUUUACCAGAAUACCAAUUACCUCCCGUAUGACUACUACACAGACGAGUUCGUUUUCUUUAGGAAAAAUAUUUAUGCUAUUAAAUUCUUUCGUGAUGAUUUAAAAACGAUCAAUGAUGAAGGGAUUAGCUGCACCACUUUGAGGGAGCUCAGUUGUUUGAAGAACAUCGGAAGGCACCCCAACAUUUUAAGACUCAUAGACGUUACCAUAGACAGACAGAAGUGCAUAAGUGAAUACAUCAAUCGGCAGAUUUUGCAACACCAUGCUUCUAACUUUCAACAUUCGGCCAAACUUGAUAUGACUCCUUUGGCAGCGGACCAGAAGUUUAUUUUCGCUGCGUAUGAGUACUGUGAUGCUGGUGAUUUAAAGAGACUCAUUCAAAAAACCAAAAUCACGGAUGAUCAGGCGGGUCUAAGUUUGAAGGAAGCCAAGUGGUUAUCCUUCCAACUGUUAAAUGGACUUGCCUAUCUACACAACAAUAAAAUGUGCCAUCGAGAUUUGAAGCCGGAAAACGUCAUGUUGCAACAGACGGCCAAUAGGAAGUUCCUCCUUAAAAUUGGCGACCUAGGCCUAUGUAGGGAGCUAAAAAACGAUGGGGAUAUGACGCCCACGGUGUGCACCAUUUAUUACCGGCCGCUGGAAGUGCUGCUCUCCAAGUUUGAGAUGGCCAAGGGGAAGAAGGGCCGCGCCAAGGCCCGGGGCAGGGUCAAGCCGCCCCCCGGUGGGUCGCGCGCGAACCACGGCGGUGCGAACCGCGGCGGUGCCAAUCACAGCGGUGAGAACCGCUGCGGUGCAAAUCGGGGUAGUGCCAAUCACAGCAGUGCGGGCCUCGCCAAUGCGAACCGCGCCAAUGAGAGCGCCCCCCACUCGAGCGCGCCGGACGCCCAGCGCGCGCCCUCCACCAGGGGCAUCCACAGCGUCCGCAGCAGCGGCGACGGCGGCGGCAGCGCGGUGAGAGCGGCGUGCACGACGGACGGGGGCACCGCCCACGGGAGUGGCGCAAACGGAAGUGGAGACGGCCAGGGCACCCCCUGCAACAGGAACAGGAAGAGCAAGCAGAGGGAGGUAGCAGCGGGGAGGGGAAAAGCUACUGCACGGGAGAAAGCUGCUACACGGGAGAACGCCGCUACCCAGGAGAACGCCGCUACCCAGAACGCCGCUACCCAGAACGCCGCUACCCAGAACGCCGGUACACAGGAGAACGCCGCUGCCCAGAACGCCGCUGCCCAGGAGAGGGCGCGCCUGAGGGGAAUCGAAGAGGACGACUACUACAGCAACAAAGACUUCCAGUACGGCCUUAACGUAGACAUCUGGUCAGCAGCCUGCAUCAUCUGCGAGCUAAUUAUAGGAAGGCCACUCUUCAGAGGAGUCACCGAAUUUGACCUCAUCAUACGCAUCGUGAAUUCCUUAGGCAAGCCAAACAGCGACGAGCUAGAGUUCUUCAGUGACUCUAGAUUCUACCCUCUUAAAGAAGAUUUCUUUAAUGUUAAUAUAAAAAAUAGAAAGGAUGCCCUCAAUGUAAUAACCAAUGGGAGGAUAGACGAGCUAGGCAUAGACCUCCUCGUGAAAAUGCUCAAGUACAAUCCAAACGAUAGAAUCACAGCAGCAGAUGCUUUGUCUCACCCAUGGUUUUCUGAUAUACGUUUUGAUAGCCUGGAUGGAAUAGGCGUUUACAACUGGUAUGUACAUUGCUUGAAAUAUUAUAUAGGCAUAAAAACGUUUAGAGAGAUAGAGCAGAAGAAAAAGAACCUCCUCACCACCACCAUGAUUUCUCAUUUCUUAUGUAAGUCCAAUGAUAGGCAUGGGAAAAUCAUUUUUAAACUUAUUAAUGAUACCUUUAAAAAUCUGGGGGGGUAUAAAAAGAGUGGCAGGAGAUCCUUUGCUAUCUUUUCAGACAAAUAUGCUAAGGAUGAGAGGAACGCCAAUGGGUUUAUUAAGCGAGCCAGUAUUAAGGUCCUCAAUGAUAUGAAGGAAAAAAAUGUCAUCGAGACCAAGGAGGAGAUGUCUUUCUAUGAUGACAGCACCAAUUAUAUGACUCCUCCUGCUCCUACCACUUCUAAGAGGAGAAAGUUCAACCGAUCUAGUUACCACGCUGUGAAUCCGGACACUUCAUACGAGCUCGCUACCUCCAUGCGCGUUAAGCGGAACCUCUCCAUUCCCGAUUUCUCCUCCCCCGGCCGGAAGAAGCAGCGGCGCAAGGCGCACUUCAAGUCCGCCACCACCACCAACCGCGCCGCUGUGCACCCGCUCCCCACCUUCCAGGGCUUCACCUGA